CCGACCACAACCAGAUCCUUCCCAUUCUCCCCGCCUGUGCCACUCAGGCUGUUUCGCUUCAGUGCGCAGGCGCCAGGCUGGAGGCUGGGCCGUGGUUUCCUAGGAGACCGUGCAGCAGCUGCGCUGCGGUUGGCCCGAAGGGAAGAUGGGGGUGGAGUCGGAGGAGGAAGGCGGCCCCUCGGAGGAAGAAGACGUUCCUCGUGCCAUGGAGCCCUCGCACGCGGGGGCGGCGGGCAGCUCGCGGGCAGUUUGCUGUCAAGGGGCACCAACACAAAUCUCUUCGUCGAGAGUCAUAGUCCACAUAGAUCUGGAUUGCUUUUAUGCCCAAGUCGAAAUGAUCUCCCACCCAGAAUUAAAGGACAGACCUUUAGGUGUGCAACAGAAAUACUUGGUGGUUACUUGCAACUAUGAAGCCAGGAAACUGGGCGUGAAGAAGCUUAUGAAUGUGAGAGAUGCGAAAGAAAAGUGUCCUCAGCUGGUCCUUGUGAAUGGAGAAGACUUGAGCCGCUACAGAGAGAUGUCCUACAAGGUCACAGAAUUGUUGGAGGAAUUUAGUCCAGCUGUUGAGAGACUUGGAUUUGAUGAAAAUUUUGUGGAUCUAACAGAAAUGGUUGAGAAAAGACUCCAGCAGCUUCCAAGUGAGGAGGUGCCGUCAGUGACUGUGUUCGGCCAUGUUUACAAUAACCAGUCUGUGAACCUACACAACGUCAUGCAUCUGAGACUUGUGGUUGGAUCGCAGAUUGCAGCAGAGAUGCGGGAAGCCAUGUAUAAUCAGCUUGGGCUCACGGGCUGCGCUGGAGUGGCUCCUAAUAAACUCUUGGCAAAGUUAGUGUCUGGGGUUUUUAAACCAAAUCAACAGACAGUCUUACUACCUGAAAGUUGUCAACAUCUCAUUCACAGUUUGAACCACAUAAAGGAAAUUCCUGGUAUCGGCUAUAAAACUGCCAAGCGUCUCGAAGUUCUGGGAAUCAAUAGUGUUCAUGAUCUCCAAACCUUUCCAAUCAAAACAUUAGAAAAGGAGUUAGGAAUUUCAGUUGCUCAGCGUAUCCAGAAGCUCAGCUUUGGAGACGACAAGUCUCCUGUCACACCAUCAGGGCCACCACAGUCCUUUAGUGAAGAAGAUACGUUUAAAAAGUGUUCCUCAGAAGUGGAAGCUAAAGCUAAGAUUGAAGAAUUACUUUCCAGCCUUUUGAACAGAGUAUGCCAGGAUGGACGGAAGCCCCAUACAGUAAGAUUAGUCAUCCGUCGGCACUCUGACAAACACUGUAAUCGAGAGAGUCGCCAGUGCCCUAUCCCAUCCCACGUCAUUCAGAAGUUAGGGACAGGCAACCAUGAUGCAAUGCCUCCCCUGAUUGAUAUCCUUAUGAAACUUUUCCGAAAUAUGGUGAACGUGAAGAUGCCCUUUCACCUGACUCUUCUGAGCGUGUGCUUCUGCAACUUGAAAGCCCUGAGCAGUGCUAAGAAAGGGCCUAUGGACUGCUACCUGACUCCGUCCUUCCCAACCACUGUCUACACUGACAAGCGUGGCUUUAACGUGAAGGACACCCGCAAGGAAGACUCUCACAAGGAGAAAGAAGCAAACUGGGAUUGUCUACCAAGUAGAAAAAUGGAAAGCACGAGAACGGGGGUGUCUCCAUUGGAUGCCACCUGUCUUCCUAAAGAAAAAGACACGAGUGACUUGCCACUCCAGUCACUGCCAGAGGGUGUUGAUCAAGAAGUCUUUAAGCAACUUCCAGCAGAUAUUCAAGAAGAAAUCCUUUCUGGAAAAUCUAGAGAAAAUCUAAAAGGGAAAGGAAGUUUAAGUUGUCCAUUGCAUGCCUCUAGAGGAGUAUUGUCUUUCUUUUCUACAAAGCAGAUGCAAGCUGGUUGCUUAAGCCCCAGAGAUGCUACGUUCACUAGCAAGCCGGUGUCUCCCUGUGAGCCUGGAACAUCAGGACUGAGCCCCAGUAGCUCCUCCCAUCCAUCGUGCGGAAAGGACUGUUCCUAUUACAUAGACAGUCAGUUAAAGGAUGAGUGUAUGAGUCAAGGUCCUACUGAGUCUCAGGGCUUCCACUUUUCCAGCACAAACCCUGCUGUUUCUGGCUUUCAUUCCUUUCCAAAUCUGCACACUGAACAGCUUUUCUCCACACACCGCGCUGCCGACAGCCACAAGGAGACAGCCACCACCUCUCACCAGGGACUAGAAAGUCACCAGGGACUAGAAAGCCGGGAGCUGGAUUCUGUGCAAGAAAAGCUUCCUUUCCCACCGGACAUUGAUCCACAAGUUUUCUUUGAGCUUCCAGAAGAGGUCCAAAAGGAACUGAUGGCGGAAUGGGAGAGAGCCGGAGCAGCACGCCCCUCGGCACACAGAUAAGUCCAGAAAGCCAGGAGUGCGCGUUCCCAGGUCGCGGGGCAUAACCAAACAGUAAUAGUCAAUGGUGUGGAAAUCCGAUGUAAGAUGUGAUAGAUACGGCAAAAGUGGGCACAGGAAGGAAAUUCUAGUGCAAAGGGAAAAUACCCAUAAUGUGGUAAUGUAAAGAGAAGCUAUCUCCCUAUUAUUUCUCCAGCUGUUUUAUAUCAUUGUCAAUAAAAGGAAUAUCAUGGUCAACACUA